CGGAAACAGAACAAAGGUUCCUUGCUAUCUCAAAUCAAAAGAGAUAAAGUGAGAACGAGAAAAGAAAAAGAAAAAUAUGGCGAGGCAAAGGAGAUCAAAAAAAGAGCGAACCUUCAUUUCCUUCUAUUUCCUUGUCUGCCUAACUACACAAAGACAAUAACACCAACAUUGCCAACCAAAACAAAGCACAACCAUGCAAGCCUCUCUUUGCCACCGAACCACAAGCCUUAAUGUCAAGAACCAUCACUUCCAACAUCCCGUUCGCCAAGCAAUCCCUCGUGACUGCCAACUAGCGCUAAAUUUCUCUCCGUUGUUCGGCAAUGGCCUUCGAGCUAGGCCUGGCCGUACGAUAAUUAAUCCAGCAAUUCGGGCCCGCCUGACUCCUCCAGAUAACAACGUCAACAAGACGAAGGAAGAAUAUGAGAGAAGAGGCUUAGCAAAAUCGACGGUGGCAGCAGUGGUCUUCGUAUGCACUUUGGGCGUGAUGUGCACAAACUUGACGGCCAGAGCUCACUGGUGGCCCUCGCCUAUGUCUCCUCCACCAGUAACCCCAGACUCAGACGAUGCUGACGCUUCAGCUCCAGUAGAGAGAGUCACUGAAUCUCAGAAACGACCAGAAACCAGACAGGAGAAGUCAAUUGAAGUACUGCUGGAAAUAUUUGAUGGGAAACGCACCCAGAAGCCGGCACGAAUACCGAUGAAAUUGUUGGAUAUUUUACAGCAAGAACUCGUCAAAGAUGAGCAGGACAAGUUGAAGGAAGACCUCGAUCAGCUGAAGACAACUGAAAAAACAGAGCAAGCAACAAAUUCAUUACUCAGCAAAUGGAGAAAAAUGCAACAUCCCAGUGAUAAGUAUAAUUUAGGGCUGGUGCUGAUUGAUUUACUGUUUCAUCAGGGUGAUUACGCGGAAGCUGACGCUGUUUGCAAUGAGAUACAAAGUUAUGCCCCGCCUAGUGAUGUGCGACCACAAAUCCGCAGGGCUAUAAUAAACUUGAUGUUGUUAGUGGGGGUGACAGAAAAGGCUAAAAGAUUGAAAGCAGAGAUAUUAGUGCUUGAGUUAUUCAAGCUCAUACGAGGAAGUGAAAGCCAUGUUCCGCCAGAACCAAACGUGUAGAGAAGUAACAUUAUCUGAGAUGAAGCAGACGAGGGAUAUUUUCAUCUUAUGCUGGAAUAACUUUUUUAAAUUAAAUUCUGUGAGCUAGUCCCGUGUAUGUCUUUGAAUUCUUCACUGAAACUUUUAAGUAGUCGUAUGCCAAUGUUGACACUGAAUACCUGUAUCUCUAGUAGUUUCAUACAUUACAACUAGUGUUUUAGACCGUGCUAAGCACGGUCUUAUCGCAA